AGGAAAAAGGAGAGAGAGUGGACCCACGUUGGCGUGAAAUUAAACCGCUACGGCGGCCAAGCCAGGGUUGCAUAAAGAGAGGAGAACGAAAGGAAUGUUGUCGUGUGAGUUGCGUUUUCAAAUAAAUUUCAAAAAUCCAAUGAGAAAAAGCAUUGAAAUACUUUGAAUCUAACUCUUCACCAAAACCUUAUCCCUCACUUCAAAUCAUUAGUUACUGUCAUUUGGAAAACCCUGUUUUUUUCCCCUCUGAUUUCUGACCAAUUUUCAGUGCCGGGAAACAAGAUUUUGGUGACGAAUUCUCAACCCAUUCAACUUUGUUUGUUGAGCAGUGAAGAAUAUGUGUUGUUUGCUUAUAUCUAGUUGAGUAUAUUUAGAAAUCCAAAUAGCGGGUUUAAGGCUUUUGAUCUUUGUUGGAAAUGGAGCAUCUACCUGUUGAAGUAAUUGGAAAUAUUUUAUCUCACCUUGAAGGUGCCCGGGAUGUGGUGAUAGCCUCUGCAACAUGUCGAAAAUGGCGUGAAGCUUAUCGGAAACAUCUUCACACCUUAGCAUUUAAUUCUAAUGAUUGGCCUGCUUAUUGUGAUAUUUCACCUAUACUAUUAGAGAUCUUGAUUACUCGAACAAUAUUCCAAACUACAGGACUGCAAGGCUUGUCUAUUUUGAUGGAUGAUGCUGGUGAGUUCACGGCUUCAACUGUUAUUGCGUGGUUCAUGUAUACCCGAGAAACCUUGCGCCGGUUGUUUUAUAAUGUCCCGACUAGCCCAAAUGUUAACAUUCUUGCAAUAUGUGGGAGGCAGAAGCUGGAAAUAUUGGCAGUAGCCCACAAUUCUAUAACAGGUGUUGAACCUAAUUUUCAGAGAUUCCCUUGUUUGAAGUCCCUCUCUCUGAGUCAUGUUUGUAUUUCAGCUUUGGAUUUGAGCCUAUUACUCACUGCAUGUCCAAAGCUUGAGAGCUUGGAGCUUGUUGACCCAGAGAUAGCAAUAUCAGAUGCACAGGUGACGGUUGAACUGAGUAGCCCGACACUAAAGAGUAUUUAUGUUGAAGCUAUUAGUUUGGAUAAAUUUAUCCUGGAGACUGAUAGUAUUGAGCGUUUGCACUUGAGGGAUUGUGCCCUUGAGGUUUUUGAAUUGAUUGGGAAAGGCACUUUGAAAUAUUUUAAGAUUGAUGAUGUUAGUGUGAUACAUCUUGACAUUGCUGAGACCGUUGACAAUCUUGAGGUUGUUGAUGUAAGUAGCUUCACAAUAAUCUGGACAAGGUUCUACCAGAUGAUUUCAAGAUCCUCAAAAUUGAGGAAGCUCCGGCUUUGGGACGUCACCUUUGAUGAUUAUGAUGAGGGUAUUGAUUUGGAAACAAUUGCUGUUUGUUUUCCACAAUUGAAACAUCUUUCAUUAUGCUACGAAUUGAGAGAUGGUCUCAUGCAUUAUGGUCUCCAAGGUUCUUCUAAUUUGGAGAAUGUGACAGUACUAGAGCUUGGAUGGACUGUAAUCAAUGACUUCUUCUCGCAUUGGAUUGAGGAGCUGCUAAAACGAUGCCCAAAUCUUAAGAAACUUAUUAUUUUUGGGGUUAUUUCAGAAGCCAAGUCACACGAGGAAUGCCAGAUAUUGGCCAAAUUCACCUCAUCUAUUGUUCGGCUUAUGAGGAAAUACAUGCAUGUAGAGGUGCAAUUUGAAUAUGAGUAAAGUUCUCUCAAUUGAAUUUCUAAUUCAAGUCCUGUAUCAGUUGUGAAUUAUAUGAGCAGAUAUGUAGGUAGAAUUUACAGAAUGUAAAUCCCAAACAUCUUCCCUUUUUGUGUCUUACAAUUCAUUGAUGUCAUUUUUUCAGUUUGAUAGGAAAAUAUAUGCAAUCAAAAGAAUAGGUUGUUUUUUUCA